AUGAACAACAACGAACAACUCCACCACCACUCCACAUCCUCCCCCUCCACGUCGAUGCUUCUGAAGCCAAUUAAGAAGACGUCGUCACGAUUCUUGAGACUGUAUUCAUCGGAUGGCCAGAGGAGUACUCGAAUGGAAUGUGAUGAAAACACGACGUGUGCUCAGAUAUGUCAACAAUUCUCGUGUGACGUCAUCACUCUUCAAAUCGGGAAUUAUCAUUUUCGCCAACUCAAACCUGACACCUCUCCACUUGCAAUCCUCCAAGAUUUCUGUCGAAUCCUGACAAUGUCCGAUGAAAACGAGAACAAUACGGAGACCACCCAGGCACUCGAAGACAUCCUUUCAUACACGGAUUCUCCGGCGUUUCGUCAUAUUUUCAGCUUUUUUCUGGGGAGACCCAGAAUUCGAGCGAAGAGUACGCUGAACUCGGAUAUUUUGAGUGAAGAAGUGACGAUGCGGAAGGGGAAGUUGAUUCAUACGUGGCAAAAUGCGAGAGCAGUGUUUUAUAAUUCGAAUAUCAGAUUGCAAACGAAAAACAACCAAGACGAAGCUCUACAAGUUAGAAAUAUGAAAGUUGACAUUUACGAAUCGAAGAAAGGAAGAGCCCUCCGACUCCGAGAUGAAGACUCCUGCUAUCUCAUCAUCUUUCAACGACCCAAUAUUCUGGAGGCGUGGCUUACGAGAGCUCAACAAGUGGAGAAGAGCAAUCAUGUAGAUGCGAGUGAUGAGCAACUCACGUUGAUACCAGAACAGAUUCUGAAUAAUGAAGCGAGGAUUCAGAUUUUGAAUUUAAGAAGGAAUUCCCUGAUUUCAAGGCCACCGACGGAGAAGUCAAUGGCUCCACUUGGCUACAUUGACGAUCUCUACCGUGUCCAUUCGCUCCAAGUCAUCGACCUCUCAGCCAAUCAAAUCCUCUCAUUCCCAAUCCAACUAACCCUUCUAUCCCAUCUCCGUCAACUGAAUCUAUCAUCCAAUUACAUAUCUUCUGUACCAAACGAAUGCUCAAAUAUGAGACGUCUACAGUAUCUGAAUCUAUCGAAUAAUCAAUUGGAUAGUCUACCAGAUUCUAUUAGUGAACUACAGAAUCUGGUUAACUUGGAUGUCAGUUUCAAUCAGUUUUCGCAGAUUCCUCCCUGCCUGUUCCACUUAUCCCUCGACAUGUGGCGACUAGCUGGUAACAAUAUUGAGAAGAUCGAUAGGGUUGGAGAGCUGAAAAUCCAGAAAAUUGAUCUACGACGGAAUGUUAUUUACACGUCAUUCCGAUUGGAUAUCGAGAAUAUCACUCACUUGGAUUUGAGGGAUAACUCAAUGGUUUCGACGGUUCACUUGACUAAUUUAAGGUUUUUGAAAGUUAUACAUUGUGAACGCCUCCAACUGACAAGUCUUCAUUUAAGUGGGGAGAGUUUAACUCAUGUGUAUGCUGAUCAUAAUUUACUCGACUCCCUCGUUGUCAUGCCACUCCCGCAAAAUCUCCAAACUCUAUCACUGUCCUACAACCACUUCCAAAAUCUGCCUGAUUGGAUUUCAGAGUGUCCGAAUUUGACAUUUCUCAGAGCGAAUAAUAAUGGAUUGGUCGCAUUGCCAGAGAGAAUCUUUUUCUCCCCAUCCCUCCGCUCCAUCUUCGCGUUCGUCAACGAGAUCUCGCAUCUCCCGGAUUUCGGAGAAGAGAACUGUCUGGAGACAUUGAUUCUGUACAAAAACAAGAUUUCCUCUCUUCCAAAACACUUCUUCAGUGUUUUACCAAGGUUACGCCAACUGAACAUUUCCUCCAACUUGAUCGAAUUGCUGCCAUAUUUCGACGGCUCAUCGUUUUGCAGAGUGCAGAUCCUCCGCGCCGCCAACAACUACCUAACCGAGAACAGUGUCCCAGUUAUCGUCAACAUGAAGCAUCUGAAAGUCAUCGAUUUGAGUCAUAAUCGUCUAAACUCAUUUGACGAUAGUGCCUUGAGCUCUUUGGAAUUACUAGAAGACCUCAACCUGAGCUCCAAUCGACUCACACGUCUAGCUGACUGCCUUUCCCUUCUCCCAUGCCUACAAAUUCUCCGAGCACAUUCCAAUCAGUUGGUUCAUGUUCCUGAGUUACAGGCUGCUGCACAACUUCAUACAAUUGACCUGUCCUCCAACAACAUCUCCCUUGGAACGUUGCAAUUCAAGGCUCCACCAAAUCUACGUCACUUUGAUGUCACCUGCAAUUCCGGAGACUUUGAUACCGAGAACUUUCCAGAAAAUGCAAAUAUGCACUCGAAGAUGAACACGAUUAAUAUCUCGGAAGGACCUCAGAACUUGUUUGGUUUUCAAAUAGGAGUGUCCGGAUCGAGGGGCAUGAAGAAUAAACAAUGCAUCCGUCAAGUCCGCGUGGAAAACACUUUUGGAUUCAUAGAUGGCGGAUCGAACUCUUACAUGUCCUCCUCGAUUUGCAGAUUUUUGACAUCUUAUCUCAAAGAGAAUGUCACAUCAGACAUCCGAUCGAUUCUUCUGAGGUGUCACUGUGAAUUGGGAGAGGAAGGAGAACGGUUGGGAGCUAGUGUGAUGAUUAUCCGGCUCCAUGAACGACGCCUUGAAAUAGCAUCUACUGGAACUAUGAGUGCAGCGAUUGCUAGGAAUCAGAAGCUGAAGACAAUAAUCAACGGACGGUAUGAGAUAGAUGACGAUGAGUACUCCAGAAUCCGUGACGCUCACGGGUUCCUUGACGAAGAGAACCGAAUAAAUGGAGUCAUUGGAACAUCCAAACAAAUCGGUCACUUCUCUACUUUUCCUGUCGUUUUGCCGACUCAUUCCUAUAAAAACAUACGAUUAUCGGAGGACAUUGAGGGAUUGAUUGUGGCGAAUAGUAUGGUUUGGAGUAUGUUGACAAUGGAGGACUUGAAUUCGGCAUUUCAUAAUAAUCGGAGUCCGAUUGUAGUGGCUAAGAAGAUACAGGACCAACUGCAAUCCUAUGACUACGGUGGAAACUCGAACAUCUUGGUGCUUCGACGAAUCAAACCUCAGAUGACUUUCAAUGGAUUCUCUACAGUAUCUUCUUCAAAUCAAAUGACACCUGAAAUGAGAGAUCCUGCAAGACCAAAGAUUGAUGAGCAACUAGUUCUCGCUGUUCCCGCCCUUAUUCUCCCUGAAUACCAUCCAUCUCCACCUGGUCCUCCACCUCCUCCACCUCCUCCAGUUCCUGCAAUCCGUCAUCGUACUCCAUCCCCUCCACCACCACCACUACCACUCUCAACGCCUCCACCAGUUUCAGAACUUGAAGAAAUUAAUAUUCAUCAAAGUGCCACUCCAUCUGGAUACACUCUUUCGAUUGAUCGAUUUUAUAGCAGCAGUAGUACUGUAUCCUCGAGAAGACAAUUCAAUGAAACUAGGGAUUUGUUGAGUAAAUCAUUGAAGCUGAGCCCUCCGAAUACGGUCACUUUUAAUAUUUGA